AUGGUAGAAAAAGGAUUCCAUAAGAUGGGAGAGAGGAUUUGGGGAAUGCCAAUGGGGAGCCAACCACCGUCGGAGCCGCCGGACGGGGGCGUUGGGGGCCUCAAGAUGAGCCAGUCGAUGACAUUCAAGGAGAAGGUUCUGGGUGCCCAGGCCAAGCGGCCGGCUGUUCGAGAUCUUAUUAAGGAGGGGGUGAUGACGUUGGAAUUUGAGGGUGGAGAUCGGUUGCUACCCAAGUUUAGCAUCACGGCACCCACCUUUAAGCAGUUGUGUGAACCAUGGGAACAAUGUCUAGUGAUCAAGCUACUGGGACGAGAUGUGGGGUUCUUAACCUUGUGGGACAGGCUGCCUACCCUGUGGAAGGUUCAAGGAGGUCUCGAGUUGCUGGACGUGUCACAUGGUUACUUCAUGGUGAAGUUUGAUUUGGAGGCGGAUAGAGAACGGGUCAUGCACGGGGGACCUUGGAUGCUCUUUGAUCACUAUCUGAUUGUUAGACCUUGGUCCCCGGAGUUCGUCGCCUCAGCAACGAAGGUUGACAGCACUCUCGUCAGGAUCAGGUUCCUAGGGCUUGGUGUUAUGUUCUAUGAUGAGAGUGUUCUCCUAACAAUUGCAUCUGCCAUAGGAAAACCAGUCAAGGUGGACCUUAACACUCUGAACAUGACACGGGGCAGGUUUGCACGGGUCUGCGUAGAGAUAAACCUCAACGAACCAUUCAUAGGGAGGUUCUUCCUCAAUGGUGUUUGGUAUAACGUGGAAUAUGAGGGUUUGCAUCUGCUGUGCUCGUCGUGUGGAUGCUAUGGGCAUGUUCUGCGAAACUGCCUAAAGGUAACUAGGCCCGAGUCAACGGCACACGAAGUGGGAGAGAAGGCGGGGGUGGAGCAGCCGUCAGGGGACACACCGCAGAGUGCAAAUUCUGCUGCCCAACCAGGGAAGCAAUCAAUUUCGCAGGUUUCGGAGACUAUCACGCCAGAUCCGCAUGGAGACUGA